UUUUAUUCCGUUGUUUAUCCGUCCGAGCUGCUUUUGCUUCGAGUUAUAGCGGUUAUUUGUGUGCUUGGUUUUACGGAGUAGUGAUCGUGGUUGUGAAUUUUAUUCAGUUGGUUAACCUGGGGGGUUGUGAUUAUUUUUUUGCGUGGUGAAUUGUAUUGGUAAUAUUGGUGUGAGUGAUAAACAUUAAAGAUGGCGAAAUGUCACAUUGUAAACGAAACUCUCGUGUUUUUACUUGUUAUUUUUGGAAUAUCCACUAGUCUCGGAACAAAAUAUUCGGGUCGGUACGUUGUUGAUGAAUUGUCUGAUAUUUCUGACGACUCUCUAGAUUUUCGUUUAUUGGAUAAACACGAAAUCGAAAAAAGAGAAUUACCAAUAUCACCAACUGUUGUCCCACCUAACAAUGCGACUUCGACAACUAGCAGCGGGUUAUUGUCGACACAACCACCUAAGAAGGUUGUAUCGCAGUCCCUCGGCGACGCGGCGAUACCGAAGUUACUGGGCGAGAACGGUACGGGUAUCAGAAAAGACAUUUUUACAACGAAAAUGCCGCCUCUAUUACGCGACGUUAAUAUUACCUUGCCCACCAAUAAUACGAGCGUAAAUAAAAGCGUGAACCCUUCCAACGACGGCUAUCACGAUUUUAUUAUACCUAGUGAUAUAGAUACACCUGAUGGAAACAAGAAGUUCAACGAAUCAUUGACUGAACAAAAUAUUACUUCGAUGAAAACGGAUCCAAAUUUAUUCUACAACACAUCGAUUUACAAUAAUCCUAGCAUCGGUCACUCUUAUUGGGUAAACCUGACUAAUCGUCUGGAUGUUAAAAUCAACGACCUUUUGUCUCAAUCUCAUCGUAGAGCUGCGACCGUAAAAUUAUCAUUCGACUUCCCAUUCUACGGCCACUUGAUCAAAAACGUGACGAUAGCCACCGGUGGAUUUUUGUACACGGGCGAUUACGUGCACUCCUGGCUGGCGGCCACGCAAUACAUAGCCCCUUUGAUGGCCAACUUCGACACCAGCAUAUCGAACGACAGCUUCAUCAAGUACGUGGAUAACGGCACGGCGUUUACCGUCCUAUGGGAGAACGUCAUGCUCCAAGACAAGCCCGAAGACGGGAAGUUUACGUUUCAAGUGACGUUGUUCAAAAACGGCGAUAUCGUGUUCGUUUACCAGAGUAUUCCGUUGGCCGUCGAUCAAAUUCAGGAGUUAAAUCAUCCCGUCAAAGUCGGGCUGUCUGAUGCUUAUAUAAUGGAUCACUUGGUUUUCUUGGUUCGACGAAAGACAAUCUACGAAUACGACAGAGUGAAUUUCAACAAAACUUUCAUUAAAGACUGGAGUACGAUAGUAUUAAAAGCGCUUCCUACAUGCUUAGAUGCUACCGAUUGCAAUUCGUGUUUAUCCAGAGAUUUAAAAUUCCAAUGUUUGUGGUGUCCGGCGCUGAACAAAUGCUCUCAAGGCUUCGACAGGCACCGUCAGACUUGGCUGGCGCACGGUUGUGAUAAGGCCAAUGUCUCCAACACGUCGAUGUGCUCGGCGUCUUCUUACCACAUGGAGGACGAAUCCAAUAUGCUGGAUCACAGCAUGGUCGAAGACCAACCGAGGGCUUUGAAGGGUAGCGUGAACGCUACGAGCAUGAAGGAAGCGGGAAACUUUUCGGGAUUGCUUGCCAUUUUGUUCCUAGUGGGGAUGAUGUGCGGUCUGUCGCUGUGGGUGUUUUACGCGUAUAGAAAUCCCCAUACGACCAGCGGCCAGAUUUUAAUUAGGUACCGUCCUAGCCAAUGGAGAUGGAGAAGAGGCGAGGCGAGAUAUACCGCGGCUACUAUACACAUGUAAGGUAGUGGCGAGUUGUGUUAGUAUUUUAACAUAUCAAACGAUUGUAAGGCAACUAGCGGUUCUCUAAAAACAACGAAAUUUUUCAAGUGGUAUCCGAUUGUCUGGUUAGUUUUAUAUUUGAUUUUUUGGAGAACCGAAAUUUUUAUCUGAAGUUGUGCAACAAUAUUUCUGUGAUAAUUAAGAAAAUAUGAACGAUAGUAAGUGUUUAAAAGAUGGUUGAUUUGCCGUUUGAAUAGCUAGUGAAGUAACAACUUUGAACAAAUAUUUUGGGACAUCUGAUAAACAUUUUCUAUGAAUCUAAAUGAUACUCUUCUAAACUAAUAAUUCUUCUGGGCCUUAGGUAGUGCCUUCCAAGACAAUAUUUCUAUAUACAUAUUUGUUAUUUUAUAUGUAUAUAUUAUACAAACGACUGUUUUAUUUUGUAUAUUCUUUUUAUCACUUCGAAAAUAUAGCUGAUUAAGAUGUUACGUAAUUAUAUAAAAUGGAAAAAACGUGUUUCAUUUUUCAUGAAUGUAUUGCAAUUUUGAAUUAUAAAAUCGAACGGUUUUAACCAUGUUGUGAUGUUAUGUAAUUUGAUGUACAGGUUGCUCCAUUUUUGAUCUCAACAUAUAGGUUAUAUAGGCCAUGGGUGCGAUAAAGACAACUUCCAUUAGACACUUAUAAAGGAAAAGGAAAGAGUGACAUUUGUGUCAUUGCAACUUUUCACUCUGACAACUGUCAUUUUAAUAAUCUUUCUUUGUUCCACUGAUAGAAAUGACCAUGUUGCAAUCGGAAAUGGAGCAAGGUGUAUAAUAAAUUGCAGGCCAUUAUUUGCUCAUACAUAAAGACAAAAAAAUGUUUCCUAAUUUUAACUGAAAACCUUUUAUAAUUCACAAUUAAUGUACGUCUAAAAUAAUCUUUUUAGUCUUUAUAAAAUGAUAUUGUAUCCUUAAACGAUCGAAAAGCGCUUCAUGGAACUGUUAUGGUUUUUAUUAUGAUAAUUAGUAGUUUGUAAACAAACAUUUGUGUGUCUUCUGUAUCAAUUCCAUAUCUGAAGCACUGUGUAAAAAAACAACUAAUAAAUACUGAUUUAAAUUAUGGCUUUAAAU